GCGCGCUAGUUUCGGAGGAGGUGGCGGAUGCCUCUUCGAAACAACCCUGUUGUUUGCCUAGGAUUUGGUUUUCCUCUCAUACUGCUAAAAAGCAGCUGUUAGGAUGCCAAAGAAGUUCCAGGGUGAGAACUCCAAGUCAGCCGCCGCCAGAGCUCGCAAGGCUGAGGCGAAGGCUGAGGCGGACGCCCGCAAGAAGCAAGAAGAAGAGGAUGCUCUCUGGCAGGAAACUGACAAACAUGUACUUAAAAAAGAGUUCAGAAAGGAUGAAAAAGAGAAAAAGAGGUUGGAACUCCUUGAGAGGAAAAAGGAAAACCAGCGCCUGCUAGAUGAGGAGAAUGCCAGAUUGAAAGGCAGAGCUCAGAAGGAGGCUGUAGCUGGUGGAAAAGUGACUCGUGCCCAGAUUGAAGAGACUCUUAAGAAUGAGCAGGAGCAACAGGAGCAGAUUAAGCCAAAAGAAAAGAGUCACUUGGAGACUCCGCUGGAAGAGAACAUUAACCGAAUUAUUCCUGAAGAAGGAACUGUGGAAGCCAGAACAAUAGAGGAUGCCAUUGCUGUGCUCAGCACUGGCCCUGAGGACCUGGACCGUCACCCAGAGCGACGAAUGAAAGCCGCCUUUGCAGCAUAUGAGGAAGCAAACAUGCCCCGUCUAAAAAAAGAGAACCCCAACAUGAGGUUGUCGCAGCUGAAGCAACAGUUGAAGAAGGAGUGGGGUAAAGCACCAGAGAACCCCCUGAACCAGCGCUUUGUCAACUAUAACUCAAAGUGAAUUCACUUUUUCUCUGAUAACGCCGCUUGAAAACUCUGCCUAUGCACAUUGGAGACUUCCAUUGGAAAAUGUAAUAAUUUCAUUGAAGAACGAGUGUUGCAGACAAAAACUUUACAAUUAAGCACCCAUAAACACUCUUGUGCCAGAUGACUCAACUCUGUUGUUCUAUUCACUAACAAGGAGAAUCCAAUUUUUUUCUGAUUAAAUUAACAGCUGAUAACUAUGAUUUGUGCAUGAGGCUUCAAAUGAGAGAUCUCAGCAUCUAAUACAUGUUUUUUUGUUUGUUUGUUUUUUUUAUUCCUACCCUUUCUGGAACAAUGAGAACCCAGAUGUUUUGAGAGUAAAUUAUUAAAGAUCGCUGCUCAAUCUUCAA